AACCUUUUUGAUCAUGAGAGGCAUGCGUGUCGUCUGUUUACCUGAAAAGUCGAAUGAUAUUGAAUGAUGCUGACCACCACACCGAAAUUGCGGAUAUUAGCGCUUCACGGAUAUAGGCAAUCGGACGUGAUUUUCAGCGCGAAAUUAGGAUCGUUGAGAAAAGGAUUUAAAAAGGAAAUUGAUUUCACGUUUGUAAGAGCACCACAUAAAGUCCCACCCGAAAAUGAUGCUGGUCAAGAGGACACGGAUGAAAAUGGAUACGGCUGGUGGUUUAAUACAGAGGAUCAUGUGUUUAAAGCCGUGGUGCCCAGUGACUUAUGUGUAGGAUUCGAUGACAGUGUAGCUGUGAUCGAGAAGGCAUUCACAGAGCAAGGUCCUUUUGACGGUAUAUUGGGUUUCUCGCAGGGAGCUGCUUUCGUCAGUAUAUUAUGCGCUAUGAAAAAAAAGAAAAUAUUGCAAAUUGAGUUUGAUUUUGCCAUUAUAAUAUCCGGAUUCAAUUCACUGUGUGCACCUCACGCCAAGUAUUAUGACGAAGAAAUCGAUAUACCUUCCUUGCACGUUUAUGGGGAGAGCGAUCAAGUCAUUCCAACAGUAAUGGCAGAGCAAAUCAGUCGUCUGUUUCCAAAUAAGAAAGAGGUACGGCACGAAGGUGGUCAUUAUGUGCCGAGUAAAAAAGAUAUUUAUAGGGACUUUGUAAUGGAAAUGCUUAACAAGUAUAAGAAAUUAAAUAGUUAACAAUGAUCUCAUUUUAUUACUAUAGUCUAUUCGGCUGGCAUGCAAUUCUAUUGGAAAAAAAUUCAAUUUAUUUGUGUACAUGAGUAAGAGGAUUUUUUAAAAAAUAUUAAAUAAAGAUGUGUAAUCAUGUACAAUAUAUAUUUUUUUCGCUAUCACGAUAGCAUGACAUUACUCGUGUGUGUUGUUACAAGUCUUAUCGUAACGUACAGUUAAUGGUGUUGCCAUCAGUUAUAUAAAACUAUAUAAGUUAGACAAUAAUUAAUAGGAUACAAUAUUAUUGAACUAAAGACCAUUAAUUGGAGCAUCAUAUUUUACAUUCAUGAUUGUGUAUCGUGUACCAGGUUCAGAUCUAAUACGACGCGACUACCGAAAUUAGCAAUUUAGACAUCCACAUUAAAGUCAUACGCGUCAAAUGCA